AUGGGGGAGCAGCAGAGCUCGCUGAGCGCCUCGCGGGCUGCCGCCGCCGCGCCGCCCAGCCCGGCCGGGGGCUCACGGGAGGACGGUCUGGAGGAGAGGCCGCCGCCACGGGAGGCGGCCGGGCCGGGAGAAGGUGGGGAGCCUCCGCCCUCCAUUGGCUCCGAGAGACGAGGGGGCGGCGGGGACGCAGCGGGGGAGGACGAAGAGGAGGCGGCCGGGCCGGAGCCGCCGGGCGCGGGGGAAUCGGCGGAGGAGGGGCUGGAGGGGGGCAGCGGUCGGCGCCGCCCGGCCCGACGGCACGUGUAUUGCACCGUGUACUGCGUGGAGAACGACCGGCCGGGCCCCGGCUCCCCGCCCAGCUCCGGCAGCGCGCAGCCCCCGGCCCGGCGCGGGGUGGCGGCGGGCGGCGACCCGCUGUCAGCGGGCGGCAGCAUCGAGGUGGUGGACUUGUACCUGCUGCCCGAACCCUUCUCCGGGCUGAUCGGCGGCGACUUCGGGCCGCUGCUGGUGCUGAGCUGCCGAGUGUGUCUGGAAGAGAAACCCGUCAAGCCCCUGUCCUGUUGCAAGAAGGCGGUGUGCGAGGAGUGCCUCAAGCGGUACCUCAGCUCCCAGGUGCAGCUGGGACAAGCAGAUAUAAAAUGCCCGAUCACAGAGUGCAGCGAACACCUGGAUGAAACAACUGUCCUCUAUAACCUGCCCCACGAGGACAUUAUCAAGUAUAAAUAUUUCCUGGAACUCAGCCGCAUCGACUCCAGCACGAAGCCAUGCCCUCAGUGCAAGCACUUUACAACCUUCCGGAGGAGAGGCCACAUUCCUACCCCUGCCAAAUUGGAGAACAAAUACAAAAUCCAGUGUCCAUCUUGCCAAUUUGUCUGGUGUUUCAAGUGCCACUCUCCCUGGCAUGAAGGUGUUAACUGCAAAGAGUACAAAAAGGGAGACAAGCUGUUGCGUCACUGGGCCAAUGAGAUUGAGCACGGGCAGAGGAAUGCUCAGAAGUGUCCAAAAUGCAAGAUUCACAUCCAGAGAACAGAAGGGUGUGACCACAUGACCUGUUCCCAGUGUAACACUAAUUUCUGUUACCGCUGUGGGGAGAGAUACCGCCAGCUCCGUUUCUUUGGAGAUCACACAUCAAACCUCAGUAUCUUUGGAUGCAAAUACCGCUACCUCCCCGAGAGACCACACUUGAGGAGAUUAGUGCGAGGCUCUGUCUGUGGUGAGUGGAUAAAUGCACUUUGUAGAGAGCGGCAUAAAGCGGUGACUGAGGCAGCUGGAAAGCUACUCAUCACACCCCUAAUACUGAUUCUGGGACUGGCACUGGGAGCCGUAGCUGUUGUAGUAGGUUUAUUUGUGUUUCCUAUCUAUUGCCUUUGUAAAAAGCAGAGGAAGAGGUCACGGACAGUGUCACUGUUCCUGGUGUGUAACAGAUCUGAAGAGAAUAACAAUCCAUGGCCUUUAUUCCUGAGCUUCAGAGUACCUCUGUUCGUCACUGGACUUCUUUCUCAUCACAUCACUACAAGGGCAAUGUAAUUUGGAGUUGAGACUCAGUUUUUCAUUUCUAGUUAUAAUCCAAAUGUAUCGUACAAAUACAACUUAAAAGAAAAUAAUGAAGUUGUGUUAACAGUGAUACACCAAAGUGAGAAAAUUAGAAAAAUACCUACUUAUAUUGAAAAGAGCUGUGAUCUUGAAGAUUAGUUUUGUAGUGUGAAGGUACUUUCUGAAUGUUUGAAGACACGUAUAUGUGUAUAUAUAGAUGCAUAUUUAUGUGGGAGAGGGGAAAGGGAGAUAAUCAGUGCCCUAAGUCUACAGACUUCAAAAUUAACACUCAGAAAUAGUGUAUCUUUUGAGAGGGUUUACUUUGUACCUCCUUCUCCGAAAGUUAUUACACCUGAAUCUAGUUGUAACUUUUAAGUAAACAGUCCACUUCCCUGCCAACAUAAUACUCCGUUAUCAUAAGAUACUCACUCUGACUUCAAAGCCUCAGUGGAAGAACUGAUGAAUUCUGUUUACUUGGAAACACAAAUAUCAGCUGACCAUAGUUGGCUAGUAUGUGUCUUUUCAGACAGCUUCUGGUUUUGUUUCCUUGUUAUUUUUUUUCCUCUUGUUGAAACCGUGAACACAAGCAUACUGUAACAGUCAGCAGUACUUUACUUAAUUUUUUGUUUGAAUUUAAGGGCAUGUUAACCCUGUUGUCCUGUCAGUUGAAAUAGUACCUUUGUAAGAUGUGUUAAUUAAGCUGGGAAGCAAUGACAUUUAGAAGUAAAGUUCAAAUACUAUUCUCAAUGCAAAUGCACCUGCUAAUUAGAUUUCUUCUUCUGUAACACAUCACUUUUCUAGUUCUGUUUUAUCUGCAGGUUGGAAGCUGCCUUAAAAUCAAGUCUUGGUUUUGAGUGUUUUCUGAGGCCAUACAUAUCAGUUGUCUUUCGCUUACUCAGGGAUUCUUAUUCCUUUGUUUAAAUGUCAAAUAAUGAAAAUAUUUUUGUAUUAUUUAGAAAAUUUCAGACCUCAGAGAGUGAGAGAUGCAUUUAUAUAUAUAAAUAGAUUUCAUUUUGCAAUACAGUCUGU